AUGGGCGACGUUCGAGAACCAGAGACCCCUAGGGUCAAAACGGCUUUGAUGCAAACAAUUCGAGUUGUAAACAUCAAGAAGCCAACGCCGCCACCCAAGAGGCCCUAUGUCGACGAGAAGGAGCCGCCCUCUACUGCAAGCAGUAGCAAGUCAAGCUUUACCUUCCGUGUACCACGAGCACCUCGAUCUGCCCCUCCGAUUCCUCGAAUCAGACAAAGCAUCAUCACUUUCAGUUUCGGCAGUAAAGCUCCCUCGCUCAAUUCAUCCCUUCCUCCUGCAGAACAGUUAAUAUUCGGGCUGCGAAGGAAGCAGUUCUAUGCAUAUCUCGGCGCAUCGAUCGUUCUUUUCCUCGUCAGUGUUAUAAUCGGCCUUGCUGUCCUUUCAGGAGCGUCUAAACCUUUCGUCCCACCCUUCGCUGGUAUCGCUGCCUCGACACUCUUCCUCCCGAACACGACUCAACAGACUGCCGCCCUCUUCUUCCAAGACCCAAGCACCAAUGGACUUAACCUCCGCAUCAGUCCCGAUGUCGACAGUCUCCCUUUCUCACCACCUCAACGCCUCAAUCUCAUGAAAGAUGAGUUCCCGACUCAAAACCUCUCAUUGGCUGCGACCUCAUUCGCAAGCAUGAAUGGAUUCGGUUCCGUAUUCCACCAACUCUUCUACGUCAUGGAUGCAUCGAUCAUGGUGAUGAAUCUCUCAUGCUCUUCCAUCUCACCCGCAAGAUGCGAAAUCAUCAGCAACAACAUGAUCUCCAAUAGUCUCCUCCCGACCAUGGCUCCAGACUCGGGCAUUGCUGCUGUGUAUCUGGAAGCGGAGAUGGGAUGGAAAGUAUUCUAUCACAACGAUGCGUAUGCCAUCUCCUGCGCAUCUUACGAGAACGGGACAUGGAACACGACAGGCAUAGUGAUGGGUAGUAAAGCCGUGCGAGGAAGCAGUAUCGCCGCUGCGGUGUUCAGAUCGAACAUCGAGGUUCUGUAUGUGGAUCAGACGAUGAACAUGUUGUUUGCUGUCGAAAGUAUGAAUGGGACCUGGAUGCCUCCAACGCAAGUAACCCCCAUCCAACCAUCAACCUUCUCCCCAACAUCAUCCCUCGCCAUCUCAUAUGCCUCAAAAGCCGAUGUCCUGCUCGCCUACUACCUCGGGACAGACUCCAACAUCUACCAAUUCGUCGGCCGCGAAGCCUCUACCCUCGCCUUCCCAGUAGCCAUCUCAUCCGAUUUCACAGGUCGAACUACACCCGGGUGGACCAACACGCCAACAAACGUCACCGGAGGCGGAGGCGGAGUCGCGAGUAUCGGGUUCGAAGACCAGCUUAUGAUUUUCUCGGCAGAGGGGAGAGAGGUCGAUAUGAGUAGUCUGAAUACUACGAGUGGGGUGUUCUUGCCGAGUGUUGCGAUUUGA